AUGGUGAAGUUGACUCUCCUUCUAGCUACCCUCACUCUCUUCCUCCUCCUCGUCAACGCCUCCAUCUACCAACUCGAAGAAGACGAAUAUGAAAACCGAUUAACUGAGCAACAAACAUGUAGACAGGAGUUCAUGAGGCACGACCGUCUCAGGGCUUGCCAGCGAUUCCUGAUGAGACAAACCAAGAGGACGAGACAACUGGAGGUGGAGGAAGAAGAAGAUGAAUACAUCAGACCUUUUAAUCAAAUGCUUUUCCAACGGUGUUGCCAGGAGCUACGUGGUGCGCAUGCUCAGUGCCGGUGUCCGAUGUUGAAACAAGCGAUGAAGAUUCAGCAGCAGAUGGGUCAGCUCCGGUUUGAGGAGAUGAGACAGAUGUGUUCCAUGGCUAGGAAUCUUCCCAACAUGUGCCAGUUGGAGCCGAUGACUCCAUGUCCCUUCCGGGAACGUAGAUCGGAGUAA